AUUAUUAAUUUUACCUAGUAAUGGUUACGGCAUACAAACCCCGGGAGAUGGUAAGAGUUUUUUUUACUGAUAAGCAUAUCUCAUGUAAAUACCGACAAACACAACAAUCUGUGAUUCCCGUGCUUUUGAUUAUUCACAUAUCGCAUUUUAUUAAGUGUAAAUUAGAUUUUUUAUGUUUUAUCUAUGAGUCCAGUAAAUAUUAAUUGAUAACCAUCGUUUGAAGUGAAAUUUAAAAAUACAUAGAAAGUGAGAUGUUGGUACUGGAAAAUUGUAACUCUGACUCUUUGAUGGUUGAUAUAAUAUAGUUAGAAUCAAAGUAUAUUUUGUAAUAAUUGAGAUUUCGUAUUUUGUGAGGAUUUUUGUUCAAACAGUUUAAAUUUGAUAAUUAAAUUUUGAAAGAAAGAUGUAUUAAUAUAUAUUAAAAAAUAAAUUUACAAUAUUUAUUUAGUUUUUAUUUAGGUAAAUAUGGGUGAUUUAGAUGUUUUAACUCCACUUAUAAAUAGUCAAGAACCUUCUUGUAGUCAAGGAUUUUCAGUUAUUGAUAGUUCUAAUGCAUGGGGACGACUAUAUCCAGAGAAUGAAUCAUUAAAAAUUGUAGAUUUAGUAAAAGAUAUUUAUAAAGUUGGUCGACAAGCUCAUGAUGUUGAUUGUCAAUUUACAAAGAAAUGUUUUAGUACUAAAAUUAUGAAUCAUAUUAGUAAAAUCCAUUUUGUUAUUACUCGAGAGAAGUUAGAUAAUAAAGGAUUUAUAGUUUUUAUUACUGAUACAAGUUCCAAUGGUACUUACUUAAAUGGUGAAUUAAUUGGAAAGAAUUGUCGAUGGGUUCUAUCUAAUAAUGAUAAAAUUGCAGUUAUAUCAAAAAGUAACAAAGUUUACACUUUUACAAAUAAUAAUUUAGACAACCCAAAUUUCCCAAUGGAAGUUAGAUCACAAUUAGCAGUUUAUGGAAUUUUAGGCACAGGGACUUUUGGAGAAGUCCGUCUUGCUUUUGGAAAAAAAACAUCAGAAUGUUUCGCAUUGAAGAAGAUUAAACGUGAAAGUUACAUGGCAUUUCGAGAACAUACCAUUUUAUCUAGUUUAUCCCAUCCAAAUAUUGUUAAAAUGGAUAAUUUUAUUGAUGCAAAUGAUGCCAUAUAUAUAUGUUUAGAAUAUAUGCCUGGAGGGUCUUUACAAGAUUUGUUAAAACAAGUUAAUACACUUAAAGAAACUGAAACAAAAAUUAUUUUAUAUCAAGUGGCUAGAGCUGUUCAAUACUUGCAUAAUCGUUCAAUUGCUCAUAGAGAUCUCAAACCUGGUAAUAUAUUGCUUUCUUUAUGCAAUCCAUACUGUCAAGUGAAAUUAGCAGAUUUUGGAUUAUCAAAAAUUGUUACUGAGAAUACAUAUUUGAAAACAUUUUGCGGUUCUCUUGCUUACCUAGCACCUGAAGUUUUUGUUAACUAUAAGCGGUUCUCAAACAGAUUGUAUGCUUAUACAAAUAAAGUUGAUUCAUGGAGCUUUGGGAUUAUUUUAUAUGAAUGUUUAGCUGGCUAUAAACCUUUUAGUGGCAAUAAUUUGGAUGCAAAAAUACAGAAAGGGUCUUAUGACCUAUCUGUUUUAAAUGUUUCAAAUGGAGUGAAAGAUUUAGUAAAGAAAUUAAUUAUGGUUGAUUACACUAUCAGAUUUAAUUUUGAUCAAGUUUUGGAUCAUGCUUGGUUUGAUAAAGAUGUAUUAAUGAAACGUAAUGUGAGUGACCUCAUUGCUCAAUUUAGCACUAGUAUGAAAACAAGUAAUAAACAAAUAAAAGAAAAAGAAAAUUCAACUAAGAAAACUAGAUUUUGUCCUUGUUUAAUGCAUACAACCAGUUCUUGCUCAAUGUAAUAAAAACUAUAAGAUGAAUAGUUUAUUUUUAUAUAUUAUAUAUAUUAUUAAGGAUAUUUUGAUUAAAAUUUACUGUUACUUUGUUCCUAAGUCUGAGUUAUUUCGGUUAUUAAUUUAUUGUUUUGUUAAUUGUAUAUAUUCAUUGUUUUUGACUGAUAAGUAA